AUGGGUUUGGAAAAUAAUAGCCACCAACUUUUAUCCAAGAUUGCUACCAACAACAAACAUGGUGAAAAUUCUCCUUAUUUUGAUGGAUGGAAAGCUUAUGAAUCAAACCCAUUUCACCCCACAAAAAAUCCUCAAGGUGUUAUCCAAAUGGGCCUUGCUGAAAAUCAGCUCUCUCUUGAUUUGAUUGAAGAAUGGAUAAAGAAUAAUCCAAAAGCUUCAAUUUGUACUCCAGAAGGAGUGAAUGAAUUCAGAAAUAUUGCAAACUUUCAAGACUAUCAUGGAUUGCCAGAAUUUAGAAAUGCUGUGGCAAAUUUGAUGUCAAAAGUGAGAGGUGGAAGGGUGAGAUUUGAUCCUGACCGUUUAUUGAUGAGUGGAGGAGCAACUGGUGCAAAUGAGUUAAUAAUGUUCUGUUUGGCUGAUCCUGGUGAUGCUUUUUUGGUUCCUAGCCCUUAUUAUCCAGCAUUUGUCCGUGACUUGUGUUGGAGAACCGGUAUGCAACUAAUUCCAGUCCAAUGUCAUAGUUCAAACAAUUUCAUGAUAACAAGAGAAGCACUUGAAGAAGCUCAUAAAAAAGCACAAGAAGAAAACAUCAAAGUGAAAGGUUUAAUCAUAACAAAUCCAUCGAACCCUUUAGGAACAACAAUUGAAAAAGAAACACUAAAGAGCAUAGUGAGUUUCAUCAAUGAAAACAACCUUCAUUUAGUGUGUGACGAAAUCUACUCGGGCACCGUUUUCGACACUCCGAAAUUCGUAAGUGUCUCCGAAGUUAUCCAAGAAAUGGAAGACGUGAAAAAGGAUCUCAUUCAUAUCAUCUAUAGUUUAUCCAAAGACAUGGGACUACCGGGUUUUAGAGUUGGUUUAGUUUAUUCGUACAAUGACGAAGUUGUAAGCUGUGGUCGGAAAAUGUCAAGCUUCGGGUUAGUCUCGUCCCAGACACAACAUUUUCUAGCGGCAAUGCUGUCUGAUGACAAAUUCAUGGACAAGUUUUUAGCAGAGAGUUCAAGAAGGUUAAGGGAGCGGCGUGAGUUUUUCACAAAGGGACUCGAAAAGGUUAGCAUUACUUGCUUACCAAGUAAUGCGGGACUAUUCUUUUGGAUGAAUUUGAGAAGUUUGUUAAAAGAGAAAACAUUCGAAGGUGAAAUGAAGCUAUGGCGAUUGAUCAUCAAUGAGGUGAAACUUAAUGUUUCACCGGGUUCGGCUUUUGAAUGCUCUGAGCCAGGUUGGUACCGAGUUUGUUUUGCCAAUAUGGAUGAAGAAACCGUUGAAAUUGCAUUGAUGAGAAUUAGAGCAUUUGUUAAUGGAAGAGAGAAAGGGAAGAAAGUUGAAAUGAAACGUUGGAAGAGUAAUCUAAGACUUAGUUUUUCGUCAAGAAGGUUUGAAGAAAAUGUUAUGUCUCCUCAUUCACCAAUUCCUCAUUCACCACUGGUUCGAGCAACUUAA